GUCGGGUGUUGUCGCCAGGGCUAGCAUACAUAAAAAAGAAGGUUAUAAUGAGGGAAUGAUACCGGGCGGCAACACACGACGAAGUCGGGUGUUGUCGCCAGGGCUACCUUGAAAGAAGGAUGCAAUCUCAAACAUGAUCCUCUUUCUUCUAUUUGUCUUUCUGCAGAGGUAUCGCAGCUCCCGCUGACUUAGUUGGCAUGUUUUCGAAUGCGGAUCUUCGAAGAACUCUGCUUUUUGAACCCCGCAAGGAUUCAAUGGACAACCCGGGGAUGCGUUCGUGAGUGAUCUCGCCCCAAACGAAAACGAAACGGCCGGAACCAAACAGCCGAACCCGUCCAACCACUGCAUCAUUGCAUCGUUUGUAUUGCAACUCGAUCACCAAGGCAAUACUUUACUAGUUAAUAGUAAUACUGGUCGCCAUGAGCCGCCCACGGCUAGAGCCAGAGUUCCGAGGCAUUUUUGGCCCCAAGGGAGACUCGGAAGAAUGGCUGGAAGCCACGUCCAAGUUUCCCAAUGGCGUGCCUCGUUUCAAUUCCAAGCAAGAAGCAAUUGAUUUCAUGACGGAAUACAACACGCACCAUGGCGGAUCCAACCCCGACUAUCCACACCUGAUGCACAUUUUUACAAUGCUGGUGAGCUGGGAACAAAUCGAGACCAUUCUACUGCCGAACAUCGAAAAGGCCCGCAAGGAACCCUCUACUGCAGAACCCGUACCACGAGAUCAUUUGGACGAUAUUACCGGGGAAGACUGCGAGCCACAACGAGAAAGCAACAAUAUUUACGAACAGCCAGCGGCACACAAUUGCAUCAAGGACGUUCUCUUUCGACUCAAUCUUCCCAUUCACAAGUGUACCACGCCACAAUCCACCAUGAAUACCCUCAAGUAUCUCUUUUUUCACAUGAAAUGCGGCAUUUUUGUCAUGAUCCGCAAUGGACAAUUGCGCAUCUUUGCGCCCUUUGUCAAUGGAGAUUUCCGAAAUACAUGGGGAGAUCAACUGGAAGUCGAAGGAGACGGGACAUUGGAUAACUAUUAUCGUGAAAAGCGAAGGUUCUAUCGAGCGGAACAGGUAGAAAAAGACAAGUUCAAGUGGUGGGCCAAUGGAAACAUUAUCUGUAAUGAAUUGACACAGGAAAAAGACAAGGGGAAAAUGCAAUAUUGGGGUGACCAUUUCAUGAGCGCCCUUCGCGACAUGCUGGGGGAAGCCUGCCGGACACGACAAAUGCCCGAUUGCGAAUUCUUUCUGAACAAACGUGACUAUCCACAACUUAAAAUCAAUGUCCCACGAGGAGGUGUCCCCGUCGAACCCUACGGAUUCAUCUUUAAUAAGGACGAUCGAGAUCCGGACCAAGAUGUCGACCUCUACGAACGCGACAAAUACAAAACGUACGCACCAAUCGUAUCCUUUUAUGCGGCCGCACCCGAUCGAUUCUCCGACAUUCCAUGGCCAUCGUCCGAAGAUUGGGAGGCGGCUUGUGGAUUGGUCUUUCCGCAAACCUUCAUGUGGAAAAAGAAGGACAAGGAAGGUGUGCCCGAAUUUGGGGGCAAUCCGCGGGACUUGUUUACCGAAGAAAACUUUCGAAAGUUUGAACGAGGCUGGUACGACGAUCGCGUCGCCACGGCAUUUUUCCGAGGGACCGCCACGGGAGGUGGAACCACUAUUGAUAACAAUCAGCGUCUCAAAGUGGCACACUUGAGUCAUGAAUGGAAGGAUGAUCCCGAAAAGGGCGGUGAAGAGCCAUUUUUGGACGCUGCCAUUGUGGGAUGGAAUCUGCGUGACAAAAAGAUUGCCCAAGGUGGAAUGAACUACCUCAGGCCCAAUAACUUUGAUUUUACAGCCGGAAAGCAUCACUUCACGCCCAUUUACGAACAAUCCAAGUACAAGUAUCUGGUCUACGUCGAUGGGCAUUGUGCGGCUUGUCGUUAUGGUUUCAUGAUGCGCUUGGGAAGUGUCAUUCUGAAGGUGGCACCGCGUCAGGUGGCAGAUCGAAUGUGGUACUUUGACUUGUUGCAGCCUUAUGUGGAUCACGUCCCUGUCAAGGCAGACUUGUCGGACCUGGAAGACCAGAUUCGUUGGUGCCGAGAAAAUGACGAAAAGUGUCGCGAAAUUGGUGAGAACGCCAAGGCUUUUUACGAGAAGUAUGUAGGUCAAAGUGCCUUGUUGGACUACAUCGAAAUGGUCUCCAAGCAAAUUGCCAAGCGCUUCGUUCCGGCACCGACAUGGUGGGAAGCAGCCACCCCGGCCAGAGACCCUCCCAAGCUCCAGCCACCCGAAGGCAAAUGCUUUAUGGACAAAAAGAACCGCACAUCCAAGUGGUGUAAACGUUGCCAAGAAGAUAUGGAGGCAGACGAUGCCAAGAAAAGAGAAGAGGAGGAACGAGAAAGGGCCGAGAGAAAGAACAAGCGCCAGUCAAAGACGAGUCUUCGAGAUCGAAUGAGAAAGAGGGCCAAGCUAGAGGCCGAGAAGAAGCCGAAGGGAAAAUAGAUUGUGGUGCAAAAUGGGCUUCAUCGCGGGCUCAUGCCCACCAAUUGUGUACAUUCCUAGCUUCUACAUUCCUAGUACCAGUCCUAAACAAAACUUCGUUAGGUGUAUCAACAGAACUAUACGAGAUCAGACGACCGGUUAAGUUCAGGCGUCCAGUAGGAUUAGCCCUUGCGUUGAUUGCGGUGGCCUCUGUUCUGGCUGGAACCAGAUGUACACCGUGAACUGGGCACUUGGCAGAUUGCAACUCGGCUCUUGAAUGGAAAACACACACCACACCUGGAGAGCAAGCAACGUCCUCUUUCCACAAGCAAACCUCGCCUCGGAUGAAUCAUCCCUCAUUCACACGGCUUUGGCCUUUGCUGUGAAUGAUUUUGUAUCCAAGCUCGUCUUGUAAUAUCCCAGAGCCAUGGCACCUGCCCAACUCAGAGCAUGGGCCACCGCCCAAUACGCAGUGCUUUUGAGCAAAUCGGCCUGCCGAAGUUGAUGAACUGCGAAACUCAUCCCUGUCCAAAGAACAAACUUGUUCACGCCCAGGUUCAAACGCAACAUGGCCGCUGCAAUUCCAAGACAGGCUGACGAAUGCAUCAGAUGAGAGUUCAUGUCGUCGGCAAUAGUGAUUGCCACCCCAACAAUCAAGAUGAUUGCAUAGGCGUAGACUAAAACUGUAUGGGACGCAACGUCGCGUCUUCUUAGCGUCAUUAGAAAUGCAUUGAAUUGAAUCACAAAGAUGAAGUUCAAGUGUGGAUUGUAUCUUCUAGCUCCAACCAGACAUACUCCAGUAGCCACAAAUUGAACAGUUGAAAAGAACCACUUCCAAAGGGCGGGAAAUUGCAAAUCUCGAAUAGUUCUGGACGGAUAUUCUUGUAGAUUGGAAACAGCAUCAGCAGAAGCAUGCGUGCAUAGUAUGAUCACCAGAUUCAUCCAAUGCAAGGGUGGUUUGUGGUGGGGUGUCCGAUACGUGUCUUCAUAGAAAAACAGAAGCAUAAAGGCGAAAGAUCGACACGUGAAGACCAUGGCAUGGAGUCGAGCUUCAGGCCAUAUUCGAUACCCACUGAGAAUUCGUCUCUUGGGCAAUGCAAAGAUAAAACUGGACACGUGCAAGAGGAAAUGAUGCACUAAAAAGACCAGGGUGCCAUGGUUGGGCCCGAAGUUGCCAUCGUUUCGCAAGUGGUAGUAUCGGUACGCAAAAGAACCCAGGCAGGAGAAUCCAAGGAUCUUGUGAAUGUUCCCAACAUCUUCCUCAGAGAAUAAAGGCAACAACAUCUUGUCCUCGCUCAUGUCGGUAGUCGUCAUGGCGUCGUGGCAUGGUACCUGGUACCGGUAUCUAUUGAGUGUGUGCGCUGUGGUGGUUGUUCAGUUGGGAUGAGGCAAGCGGCUCGUACGAGUACGAUGUACUAGUAGUGGCGUGGUUGUCAGUGGAGAUCUUUUCCUCCUCCCAGCUUCAACAAGCAGCUCGUACCGGCUUAUCUUCUUCAGCGGGCAACUUGGAUCCUGUUCGUUCUUGUGCCUGCAACCUGUUCAACCUGGGUCUUUAUGAGGAUUAUCAAAGGGAAGCCAAGGAACAUCAAAGGGAAGCAAAGGUAUACAAGAGCUGCUUUGGCAAGUGGGCAGCAAGACCCGAUUAUUUCGUCAGAGAGCCCAGUUACCAUGCAGGGGAGCAGCAGAAGGAUCGAGAAGAGGUGAUCUUUCAUCUUUCCAAGAACAUUGAAAACGGUGGAAGAACCAGUAUCUGCUACCGGUUCACAGACAGCGGCAUUAGAGAUAGAGACCCUGUACCAGGAGAAACGGAGAUUACUCUUUGGCUUGAAAGUCGUCCAGUCCAUGUUUUUUGGCGCUUUCAAUGAUGGGAAGAAGCAUCUUCGUCACCAAAGACAUGGACAAUAGUUGAAUCGCCCGUAAGUUGGAAGCCACGGCACGUUCAAAAGCAACCCAUUGAAGUGAAACCAACCAUUCUUGCAACCAUCCAGUCUUUGGAGACUGCUUCAGCCACAUGGAAGAGUCUGGAAGAGCCCACGUGAAGGAGAAGGACGACAAGGAUUAUGGCUUCCUUCAAGCUGCGCUGGGACCUGGGGCCUGCAAAAAGCUGCUUCAUGCCAAAACUGGACUAUCUGUCUUGUAAGCAGGAAGCCAGCUUCAG